AACACACACAGUAAUACACACACCUUAAUUUGAAGUAGAAAGCUGAAGAAUCUUGAAAAGAGAGAGAUGGAGAAUCAAGGAGACGAAGCAUGGGAUGAUACCCUUCUCAUCAAAGCCUUCGAUAAAGCCAUUUCCACUUUCAAGGCAAUGCAUGGAAAGGAGGGUCAGAAGAGUACAUCCACGGGAGGGGAAGAUGUAGGCAGUGAAGAACAAGAUACUGCAGCUCUUGUGUCGGGAAGUAAUGAGGUUCCGAGAGAUUUGGAGACCAAUGUGAGCACUGUUUCAUCAAAAUUAGAAACAAAAGGGGCUGUCAAUCUUCCACAAGAAAAUAUUAGUCUUCUGGGCAAAGAUGGCCAAAGUUUACAACAUGAAGAUGGCCAAAAUUUGCAUAAUGGCUAUUCAAAUACACAAUACACAGAGGAUUAUAAUCACUUGCUAAGUCAAUAUUAUGAGGUUGAGGAGCAGAGACAAAAGAUUUUGAACCAACUUUACCAAUAUGGAUCUUGGGAUUAUGGAGGUUAUGAUUCCAGCAUGCAAUGGGGUACCAACUCAGCUUCUCAAGAACAUCAAGUACCAGCACAAGCUUCUUGUCCAACUGAUACUGUAGUACAAAGGGACAGAACUUCUGCCUCGCAAGAUAAUCAAGUGCUAAAACCCCAACCACAGAGCUCAGCUGCAGCACACCCUUGUUGCUCCUGUAUAUGUCCAUGUAUGUUGGGUCCAUGCACUUCAUUGCCAGCAUGUACUAGUGGAACUUGUGCUGGUGAAUUUGGUCAUAAUACCUCAGCAUUGAGUUACAAUGCAAAUUCUUCAUCCAUUGGAAAAGAUGAUCUGGUUAAUACAGCAUUGGGAGCUGCUGAUAGGGCGCUUUCUGCGUUGAAAUUCAAAGCUUCUGGUGAUGCCAACACAAGCAAAGAUGAAGAGAUGAAGCUGGAGACAGAUAUAGGGAAAUCGGCACAAAGUUGCAGCUCCAAAACAGAUCUUAGUGUUGUCUUUAAUGCUUGGUAUUCUGCAGGCUUCUACACUUGCAAAUAUCUCAUGGAGCAGUCUGCUGCAAAAGAACGACAGAGCUAGUCAAAUCCUCAAAUUUUAAGCUGAGGCAAAGCAAAUUCACCACAACCCUCUCUGCACUACCAGUAAUUUGAUGGAUGUACAAUAUAAUUUUGGUAUUUUUUGAGGCAUGAAAUGGAAUGUAAAACUAUUUGUGUUAUGUACUUUAAAGUUCCAAAGGUAUUUUUCAAUGAAAAUGCAUUUGUGAAA